CUGUGAAAUUUGGAAUAGGUGUUUUGUUCUGUAUCUAUAGCAACUCUUUUGGAUUAAGUAUUUAGGUUCUCAUGCAAUACACUUCCCUUUUCCUAAGUCAUUCUAAACCUUUUGGGGAGUUUAGAAGUAACCAGUGACAUAGUAACCCUCUAGACAAGCACUUAACCCAGACAGGCCUUGUAUUUCACACAAGAUGAUGCUUGCUUCACUGGGGUCAUACCUUACAAUUGAUUUAUGCUAGCUUUCAAGACAUGCCAAAUAGCAUGGCAGAUUUUGAGUUCUGCCCCCACUUGUGAUGGCUGUGCUAUUUCUGUGUGGCCCAAAGGUCAACCCAACAUGUUGAGUACAUUGGUAGAAAUGAGUGUACAGAGUGUCCUUUCUGCAUAUAGGUACUUCACAUUGUCAGCAAAAAAAAGCUAACAAACUUUACUAUAUAUUUGUGCUUCUUGACAGAUAAAAUGGAAAUUACUAAGCUGUAAUCAGGCCUAAAGUGACCUGAUUUAAUACAGAGACUUUUUCACUUCUCCAUCACAAUUAUUUGGGUAGCUUCGGCAUGCAGCAUUCUUUGCAGUUCCUGACCCCUUAAUGCCUGACCCUUCCAAGCAACCAAAGAACCAGCUUAAUCCUAUUGGUUCAUUACAGGAAUUGGCUAUUCAUCAUGGCUGGAGACUUCCUGAAUAUACUCUUUCCCAGGAAGGAGGACCUGCUCAUAAGAGAGAAUAUACCACAAUUUGCAGGCUAGAGUCAUUUAUGGAAACUGGAAAGGGGGCAUCAAAGAAACAAGCCAAGAGAAAUGCUGCUGAGAAAUUUCUUGCCAAAUUUAGUAAUAUUUCUCCAGAGAACCACAUUUCUCUAACAAAUGUAGUAGGAAAUUCUUUAGGAUGCACUUGGCAUUCCUUGAGGAAUUCUCCUGGUGAAAAGAUCAACCUACUGAAAAGAAGCCUCCUUAGUAUUCCUAAUACAGAUUACAUCCAGCUGCUUAGUGAAAUUGCCAAGGAACAAGGUUUUAACAUAACGUAUUUGGAUAUAGAAGAACUGAGUGCAAAUGGGCAGUAUCAGUGUCUUGCCGAACUGUCAACCAGUCCUAUCACAGUGUGUCAUGGCUCGGGCAUCUCUUGUGGCAAUGCACAGAGUGAUGCCGCCCACAAUGCUUUGCAGUAUUUAAAGAUAAUAGCAGAAAGAAAAUAAACUUAGAUCAACUCAGAAAGUCCUUCAGUAGCACAUACAAAGUUCCCCUGUCACUCCUGCCCCAGUAAAACUUUUACUGUAAUGUUUGUGUGUGGUUUCCACAUCUCUUUGGAUUCCAUCAACACUCCAGAAUAAAUUAAUUAUCUCCUGGUAGUUAUUAUUAAGCUCUUUUUAAUGGCUUCAACUUUGUAUUGGUAUAUUGUCUUUAUAAACUUUGUACCAUGAAGCAGAGCAUAGACCCAUUUUACAGGGCCAGGCACAUGGGAGGAAGAAGCUGCAUGUUGGAUGAUGAUGAUGAAGAAGAAAACGAAAUAAAACUACUGCUAGCAACAGUCUUACUGGUGCUUAAACUUUUAUUUUAUUUUUGCGCAAGGCUUUGUAAAUGGAAUUUGAAGGAAGCCCUUUAGGAUUAGAUGUUGAGGGACAACUUUGGCAGUCUUUUACUGAAUGUGAUUAUUAAAUUUCUGGGAACAUGAUUGAUAUCCUGUGUAUUUGAAACCAUGUAAUAAAGAGCUGUUGUUA